GACUUCGUAACCACGACAUGAUGAUGGCGCAAACGUUUCCUGCCCAUCAAGGCAUCCCACAGCAUCCCGGUUUGCCUCCAGGUCAUCCAAUGGCUCCCGGUCAACAUCCCAAUGCUCAUCCCGGUGCUGGCAUGGUCCAGCAGGUGCAUCCCGGCGUGUCGGCACCAGGAGGUCCUCAGGUUAGUCAAGGCGGACCGGUGAUGGGUGGGAUGCCUCCGGGCGCUGGCACAACUGGUCCGGGGGGUGCUGUACAGGCUCAUGCCCUCUCGCAUCUUGGCCCUGCUCAAGCGCACAUGUUCCAGCAGCCGCAUUUUGCACAACAAUUUGCCAAUAACCCUCAACUCCUGCAGCAGCACCAGCAGCAGCAAUAUCUCAGGCAGCGUAUGAUGCUUCAACAUCAACAGCAACAGCAACAGCAACAGCACGGCGGGUUACCAGUGCAGCUACCGAACGGGGCACCCGCCCUCAAUGCAGCUCAGAUCGCUGCCAUGCAGGCGAAUCCUGCUAUGCGCCCGGUGAAUCUGCAAAUGCAACUUCAACAAAUGCCCCAUGGACAGCCGCAAAAUAUUCAGCAGCAACAACAACAAUUCUUUGCUAUGCAGCAAGCCCAGCAACAAGCGCACCAGGCUCAGAUCCAACAGGCGGCUGCCGCAGGGCAGCCCGGCCAGCAGACGCCCCAGCAGCGUGCAGCGGCACAACCCCAGAACGUGCACGAUGCCCAGAGUGUCACUCCUCAACCUCAGCCGGGACCGCCGCCACACCAGGGGAGUGCCACCCCUCAACCCAAUCCUCCGCCGGUACCUACCUCACAACCACCGCAACAGCAGCCGGCAGCUCCUCAGCCGCAACCUACUCCCAAUCCACCUCCGCAACAGCUGCCGCAGGCUCAGCAACCGGGCCAGCAACCACAAGCGCCGCAAGCUGCCCAAGCCCAACCUCAACCUCAACCUAACCAGCAGGGUCCACAGCAGGGUCAACAACAGCCACCGAUGACUGCUCAGGAAGCCCAGAUCAAGGCGCAACAGCAGCAAAAUCCGACCGCCAUGAUGAUGCAGCAGCAACAGCAACGGAUGAACAUGAAAGGCGCUGCCAUCCUGCAGCUCAACUCCUUUGCCGAAAGCCUCAGCUACAUCUCCGGCACUGAGAACGCGAGCACCGAUUACAACCAAUGGCACAAUUUUGUGCUGAGAUUCUAUUCGCCAGGUGGUGUUCUGAGACACACCGUCUGUAACCCACAAGCAAAUUCCUCCAAGCAGUUUGAAAUCGCCACUCCUGCUUUGGCGCGUUAUUACUUGACCCAGUGUACGAGUGGGAUCAAGCAUAUACAGAUGUUGGUUGAUGGAGCGCGGGAGAGGGAUUCGCCGAACGGAGGCCACAUAGUUGAGAGUGCGAAGACUGCUUUCAUCUAUUGGUUCGCGAAUGGAAGUCAGCUAUUUGCGCGCGCGAACAUGACGGCCCAUUUCGAUAUGAACAACAAGAUUGAGAUGCUCGAUAUCGCGGUGCUGGACCACAACGAAUACCUGCCUAGGAGUCAGCUACAGGCUCUGGAACUGGCUGAUCAACAGAAACAAAGUCCCAAGGUGUCCAAGAACAUGGGAAAACGCGCCCAGGCCAAACAAGCACAACAGCCUGCAUUUACCUUGCCCGAAUCCAUGGUUACUCCGAAUGGCGUCCCCACGGCUGUGAUGAGUUUCCUUGAGGUUGCGGAAACCAUCUCUCACAUGCAAGUCCUAUUCCAAUUCUCCCAGCAAAAUCCCCACUUAACACCUUCCGAAGCCCUGCGGACUCUGGUGAACACGAUGCAGGCGCCGCCUCCCAAUGCAGCUUAUACGCAGGGUCCCAUGAACCCGGCCCUACAGCAAGGCCAGCCACGGGCUCCCAGUAUGAGCAUGCCUAACCAAUUUGCAUCUCCUGCCAUGACUCAUCUCGGCCUACCGGGCGCUCAGGGCUCGCCUCAUCUAACCGGCUCCGCGCAUCCCAGUCCCGCACAGAGUCACCUCGCAGGACCGCCAGGAAUGGUUCCCCAGGGUCAAGUACAAGGCAAUAUGGCGCAGGGGACCAGUGCGAGCGCAAGUCCCAAUGUGAACAACAAGCGCCGUCGGGCUAGCACCGUGAAGAUGGAAAACGAUGACAACGGCGGCGAGGUUAAUGGGACAGCCGGCCAAGCUGCCCCCAAAGUCAAGGCCAGUCCUCGAGUAGGGGCCAAAAAGCAGAAGGGGGGUGGUUAAGUUGUCUAGCUCGAUCAGCCAGUAAUAUUGUCUGCCGCUGGUUUGGGUGCGCUCGUGUCUUCUCUUUUUCUACUUCUGAACUCUUUUCUCUUUCAGUCUCACUCGGCGGGAAUAUGGCGUACCUUUAGGAUACCUAUGUGCGAGGCUCUACUUCUGCGUUCCGAACCAUCUGCGGGAUUCCUGUUAUAUGUUGAACAUAGCUGCCGAUUGCGUUCCCCUUUGAUGUCUCAUGCGAAAGAUGGAGAUGCGUGUUAUGUGGAUUUGCGUUGGGCUUACUGAUUUUGCCGUAUUUCUUGACUGAUGUCCCUAUCUGCAUGUGCUGUGCCGCGCGGAGAUUGAGGUGCGGUUGACACAUAUCCUGAAGUUGAGCGUUGCAGGAUUUUUGAUAUCCACGUUUUUAUCAUGG